UCAGCACAUGCAAAAGAUUCGACAGAAGCUACAAGCUAAACAGGCUGCCAUGGAGAAGUCUGAAAAAGCUAAGCAACUGAGAGCACUUAGGAAAUAUGGAAAGAGGGUGCAAACACAGGUUCUUCAGAAGAGGCAGCAGGAGAAAUCACAUAUGAUGAAUGCCAUCAAGAAGUACCAAAAAGGCUUCUCUGAUAAACUGGAUUUUCUUGAGGGAGAUGAGAAACCUGUUGCACAGGCCACAAAGGCCACAAAGGCCACAAAGGCAGGAGCUAAAGGCCAGAACAUGAAGAAGGGUCCCAGUGCUAAACGACGGUAUAAAAACCAAAAGUUUGGUUUUGGUGGAAAGAAGAAAGGUACCAAAUGGAAUACUCGAGAAAGCUACGAUGAUGUAUCCAGCUUCCGGGCCAAGGUAGCUCAUGGCAAGGGCCUCAAAAGGCCUGGGAAGAAAGGAGCGAAUAAGAGACCUGGAAAACGAACAAGAGAGAAAAUGAAGAGAAGAACCCGCUAAAUAACAUCUUUUUAUAUGAAAAAUGAAGAAAAAGGGACAAUAUGCAAUUUUCAGUAUACUUAGAUCCUUUUUCUUAGUUUCUUUUUGUACAAAAUUCUUUUAAUAAAUUAAACAGUUUGAAAGAAACA